GUCAAUGUUUCUGAACUUGGACUUGUUACAACUUCGGGCAAAGUUGUGUGGGGCAAAUACGCGCAAGGUCUGCGUCAUGUGCUUUUCUAAAGAAUAUGACAAAGCUUUGGAAGACGCAAGUAAGACUGGUUAUAACAGAAAAGGAGCUGCUCUUCAUGGUCUUGGUAAAUUAGAUAAAGUGCGUGAGACAUAUAAAAGAGGACUUAAAAUUGAACUCAGCUCAAAAAAGCCCUCGAUCAUGAAACAUGCUGAUAGUUAG